CGAGAGUUCAAGAUGGCUGCUACAGGUUCUUUAUAAAGGGCUAACUCUCCUGGAUCCCACUGUGCAUGAAGCUUUCCUGAGGUCGUGGUGUCUUUUUUAAGUGCUGUGUUGUCCAGCGUCCCUCCUGCCUCUCAUCAUGUCCUCCACCUCCUCCUCCUACUCCUCUUCGGGGGAGACCAGUCCGGAGGAUGUACCCCGAGGUGGGGGCACCAUCCGAGUCUACCUCCCCAACAAGCAGAGGACCGUGGUGAAUGUUCGACAAGGACAGACUGUGCACGAGAGUCUAGAUAAAGCGCUCAAAGUGAGAGGUCUAAGCCAAGAAUGCUGUGCUGUAUUUCGCCUUCUAGAAGGUCGUAAGAGACUGACAGACUGGGACACAGACAUCACUCCUCUGGUUGGAGAGGAGCUUCUGGUCGAGGUCCUGGAUGAUAUUCCCCUUACCAUGCACAACUUUGUACGGAAAACCUUCUUCAAGCUGGCUUACUGUGAUUUUUGCCACAAGUUUCUUUUUAACGGCUUCAGAUGUCAGACAUGCGGCUAUAAGUUUCACCAGCACUGCAGUAGCAAGGUCCCCACUGUGUGUGUGGACAUGGACACAGUGAGCAAACGGUGUGAUCCCAAUCCCUGCACAGAUGAGUACCCUCGGAUAUUAUUGCCAGAUAAUUCCCCGUCACAAAGCAACAUGGCCUUAACCCCAGAGCCUCCUGGGAUGGACCUCCUGUCCCCGACCUCAGCCUUUCCCUUCCCCAUGCCCGGCGGAGACGGCCAGUCUCUACAGAGGCAUCGCUCCACCUCCACCCCCAAUGUUCAUAUGGUCAGCACAGUGGGCCCUGCUGGUGUCAGCAUCAUAGAGGAAGCACUAAAAUCAACAAACAACGUUAUAGGUAUGUUUCGUAUUUUCCUUCCUUCAUUUCAGAAUUUAUCAUCAUGCUCUCAUUUUUUUAAUGAAAUUCUCCUGUGCUGUUUUUUUCCCCUCAUCUCUUCAGGUUCUGAGUCGUCACCGAAGCCCUCCACAAGCCCACCCACCUCUCUGGGCUCUCCAGGGAGGAGACCGCCCAAAUCCCCCUCAGAGCACAAGGAGCGCAAGCCCUCCUCAUCUGAUGACAAAAAGAAAGUGCACCGAGGAGGCUACAGAGACUCGAGUUACUACUGGGAGGUUCACUGGAAAGAAGUCACCAUGCAGAAGAGAAUAGGCGCCGGCUCCUUUGGAACCGUCUUCAAGGGCAAGUGGCACGGAGAUGUGGCCAUCAAGAUCCUUAAAGUCACAGAGCCCACACCCGAGCAGCUACAGGCCUUCAAAAACGAAAUGCAGGUCUUACGGAAGACUCGCCACGUCAACAUCCUGCUGUUCAUGGGUUACAUGACUAAGCCCAACUUCGCUAUCAUCACUCAGUGGUGUGAAGGCAGCAGCCUGUACCGCCAUCUGCACGUCUCCGAAACUAAGUUCGACACUAUGCGGCGCAUCGACGUGGCCAGACAGACAGCACAGGGCAUGGAUUAUCUUCACGCAAAGAACAUAAUUCAUCGAGAUCUGAAAUCAAACAAUAUUUUUCUCCACGAGGGCUGGACCGUUAAGAUCGGUGACUUCGGCUUGGCCACGGUGAAAUCUCGGUGGAGCGGUUCUCAACAGGUAGAACAACCCAGCGGAUCCAUUCUCUGGAUGGCUCCUGAGGUGAUCCGAAUGCAGGACAGCAACCCAUAUACAUUCCAGUCUGAUGUAUACGGCUACGGAGUAGUGCUGUUUGAGCUGAUGUCAGGCCACCUGCCUUACUCAAAUAUCAACAACAGAGACCAGAUAAUCUUUAUGGUUGGACGCGGUUAUUUGUCUCCAGACCUCAGUAAGCUGUAUAGUACCUCACCCAAGUCAAUGAAAAGGCUGAUCGUUGACUGCCUGAAGUUCAAACGUGAUGAGAGGCCCCUGUUUCCACAGAUCCUGGUAGCCAUUGAGCACGUUCAAGACCUGCUGCCAAAAAUAGAGCGGAGUCGCUCCGAGCCCUCACUCCACCGGGCCGUCCACGCCGAGGACCUGAACCCCCUCCUGUUCCACACCACCAGGCUGAUGCCCCUCUAAAACCAGCAGCACUGGGCAGAGAGGCAGUCACCUUUUGUCCAAAACCGCAGCAUUUCCCGACCCCCCCCCCCCCCCCCCGUGCCUCAGAGAGGCUACAGCUGGCUGGCCUGACAGACCGUGACCCCUCCCAAAAACCUACCCCCUACCCUCUUAACUCGCUCCCUGCCUCUGCACAGCCACGGAGCUGCAGCCCUCAGUAACAACCUGCAGAAAUAACCAUAACACAUCUUUUUAGUCUUUUUCCUUUCAUACAAGAGACAGAGAUCAGCUCAUUAGGUGAAAUGAUUGUCUGCUGUAUUUGUAAAUAUGUCAGCUGGCCUCAGAUUGGGCCAGCUGAUGAUCUCAAAUUGGGAAAAUGUAACCAAUAGGCUUUAGUUACUCCGACCUACUGCAAGGUAUUGUCAGUUGUGUGGAGGAAAACGUAAAAGCACAACACUGCAAUAUAGCAUCAGUCAUUUUUAACGGUAAAAUAGUCUUACUCUGAACUUUUUUUUUGAGGAGCACUGUGAUCAUCUGCGAAUAUUUAAACCAGUUGCUGGUUCAGGUCACUUUAUCAGCUCUACUUCAAAUAUCCAGUCGUCACGCGUUCCCUUCAUUAAAGCUUGUGAUUUAAAAGCAAAGUGAGGGUGAAAGCUUGGACACUGUCUCGCAGGGAAACCUCCAUUAUUCACUGUUUUCACAAGCGUUCAACAGUAGAAAUGAAUGAGAAAGAGACGGGAUUGAGAGCGCAUGCAAUAUUUUUAAGCAUAAUAUCAAACUGACAUGAGAGGAAGAGGAAGUCCAAACUAGUAGAUGCCUGCAAUAGAUCAGCAACUUCAGACACUGCACUGUACAAAAAUAUAAAAAAGGAUGAUUUAUCUUGUUGAAAUGACAGCAUGACGGUGAAAGGCUUGAUAAACAGAUAAAGGCAGAGUUAUUUUCUCUUCCACUAAAUAAUUAGAAUCAUUUCUCGCUUAUCUGGCACAUAAAACAGGCACUCAGGUGUCUUUCAACUUAAGCUGGAACAGAGUGCGCACUAAUGUCGCAACAGACUAAAAUAGUUAAAUGCUAAAAGAGUGUUUGACAUGUGGAAGUUGAACUGCUGGCUCAUCAGGGAGUGAUAAAAUCGGCUGUACACACAAAUAUAGAAAUGUGCAUUUUCACACAGUCCCUGGUUCAGUGUUAAUAGCUUUUCUAAAUUGGGAACACCAACAGACCAGGUUAAACUGGUUUCACUACUUUUCUUCCGAGCAACCAAAAUAACCUUUUUUCUUUUUAAAAAGAGAGAGACGCUGUCAGUUCCCGAAACUAAAUCAUUUCCUUAAAUGUAUAAUGUCAUUUACAUCACCAGGAUUGUUUUUCAUUAUUUAAACUGUUAGGACCAAUAUUUUUGCAGUGUAAACAGAAGGAUACAUCUUUUUUUUAAUCAGCCAUUCUAAUAUUCAACAUUUCUUAACCAAAAAUAAAUAAAAAAAAUUGAAGUGUAGUUUUUGCCAGUGCAGGAAUAAAAGUCUUUUGAAAAACCAUUUUAAAUCAUCACAGGACACUAACACCCAGCAGAAUGUUAAUAGCUCAGAUUCAUCUCAAUAGAAAAACAGAAUAGUAGUGAUUAUUUCACACUCAGGCACACAUGUUGUAGCUGUGAGCACACUCGAGGCGUUUUUAUUCCCCCUUUUUUCACUUUGUCACUAGUUCAGCAGCAGAACGUCAUCACGCUCCACACUGCAGGACUGCAGGUCAGAUGGCUUUUUGCUUACAAUGUUUUUUGUUUUUUUUCAUUCUAGUCUAACGAGGAUUUGACAGAUGUUAGUAAGUUGCAGUCUUAAUGGAAACGGUUAGUUGUAUUGCUGCUACGUAAAGUCAUUUUUUUUGUUUUUGCACCUCAGAGACGAGACAUACUGAGACUUGAGCGCAGUGCUGCAGCACAGCCUCACUGACCUGUAUUAAACCUUGUGCAUUUGUAGUCUUAAAAGUAUCUUCUUCAUGCUCCCGAACAUGAACACACACGCACACACACACACACACACACGCACUCUGAACUAGCACUGUUGCUGUUGGUGAUGCAUUAACACUGUGGUUGAUAGGCUGGGCUCUCUGGGAGGUGUGACAAGUGUUGUUUUUUUUUUGUUUUGUUUUUCUAAUAUAACAUGAUGUUUAUUUUUCACAAAUGACCACAGUCGGAAGCAUGGUAGAAAGUCUUCACCACCGCCCAGGCAGCAUCACUCUGAUCUGUUAAGUAUUGUAGUGUCCACACCAAGAGAAACAAGCAUGGGGAUACCUGUUGAUAGCCAGAGCAGCACAGUGGUCAAAGUAGCUGAAUGUACAACCAAACCAAACAUUUUUCAGCCCAGCUCAUCCGUCCAGCGUGAAAGACCUUCACGUCGCUUACAGCAUUCAUCACAAGCUGCUGUUUUUCUCCUCACCAUCACCAUUCAGCUCCUGAGCUCUAUUUUAGAUCAGGAUUGGAUCUGACCCACCUGAUCAGGUGUAACAGCUUCAUGAUGCAAUAAACUUCCAAUGGAUUGUGGCUGAAACGGUUAAUUUAAAGGCACAGCUGCUCAUAUAUCAUCCCAUGUAAUAAUGGCGGGUGGUGCUGCACUAUAUGAGACAUUGAGAAGAGAGGCUUUAUGAUGGGGCUGACAUCGCUGUGCUCCUCAAAUUGUCAGGUGGUUACCUGUGCCUUGCUGAUGGGGACACUGCUCCCAUUUAAGAACAAAAUGCAUCAUGGAAUUUACAGUCAUCACAGGGGGGAGUUAGUAUUUUGAGUUGGGGUUUGUUGUUGUUUUUGGACAAGCUGAGCCCUUUUUUUCCCCAUGGAUUAUAAAUCUAAUCCCAAACAAAAGCACAAUACACCAGAAAUGUGCAGGAGGGACUUAGUGCGUGCCUCUCCUUUUUACUUGAAGCACACCCGGAGCUGUUUUUCCUCUUCUUCUCCAGCACUCUGUGACACUAGUGGAAAGUACUGUAUUUCUAGAAAGCUUCUCGUAGCAAUGUGAGUGAUUUUCUAAUAAGGCUUCAGCAGAAUAUAACGCAGCAUCUGCUUCGACGCACCUGAAAGCCGUCUGAUUUUUUUUUUUUUUUUUUUGUUUAGAAUUGAAUCUAU